UGUUCUAUAUGGUCACAGAGAUACACUGUUUCCUGCUGGAUGAAGACUCCAAUUCCCUGCAGCCUUUGCCAGGUGAGAGCAGGUUUAAUCUCUGCCCAUCCUCCAAUUAAUAAUAAUCAAUACAAGGUUCAGUUUCCUGACUGUACAUUCUCAGUGCUACUCAGUGCCCUGCAUUUCCUGUUUCAGUCCCAGCAUUAAUCCUUGUUUUGCUCAGUGAUUACAGGGUUAAUCAAAUUGUGUUUAUCAGGAGUUGGUUACAUAAUGGUAAUUUUUGUAGCUGUGUUCCCUAUUCUGAGUCUUCUUGUUCAUAGGGGCUCCUCUAAUAUUGUUGAUGUGUCUGAGUGUAUAACAGAGCUCCACAGCAAUAAUACUCUCAGUAAUGUGUCUUUAAACUACAAUAAAUGUGUUUAGAAAUCAGUCUGUGUAAAUAAGAUACGUUGUUCUUGUUAUAAAUUACAUUUAAUUGUAUAAAUUAAGUUAUUAGUAAGUCACCUCAAAUUUCUGGUAACAGCAGUCCCAGUGCCCCUCUAUCACCAUGUGACAUGUUGGGAGAUGUGCCAGGAUAGAUGGUGUAAGAAUGUAUCAUCCCCAUUUCAGAUACCCCUGUGUAGAUACCUUUCACUCUAGACAGUAGUGUGAAUUGUGGGGAAUUGAAAGUGAAUUUUCUAUUUUAAAAUUUGAAAUUCACUCCGAUUGUAAGCUCCCUUUAGCUACCUCCCACAGAAGCCCAGAGAGGCCAUAUAAUUGUAAUAUUUUUCUGAUGUUAUCUCAAGAUAUUAACAAGACAUGGUUGCUCUGGGCUCCACCUCCUGUUUCUGUACUCCUGACAUUCAUAAUUUUAUUAAAUAGUCUGUAAGCUGUCGGACCCAGCAAUCUCUUUAUUUACCAUUAAUUCCCUCCACCGGCCCUCUGUUGGCAAAUGUAAAAUAUUAGGUCAAUAUAGCUAAACUGUAAAUACACAGGACUGAGAGAAUUGUUACAAUUUGGUUAAAGGACCACUAUAGGCACCCAGACAAUUCAGCUUAAUGAAGUGGUCUGGGUGCCAGGUCCAGCUAGGUUUAACCCUUUUUGCUGUAUGGGUUAAUCCAGCCUCUAGUGGCUGUCUCAUUGACAGCUGCUAGAGGCGCUUCUCACUGUGAUUUUCACAGUGAGAAGAUGCCAGCAUCCAUAGGAAAGCACUGAGAAUGUAUUCCUUUUAGACUGGCUGAAUGCGCGCGCAGCUCUUGCUGCGCAUGCGCAUUCAGCCAGGGAUGUCAGAAGAGGGAGGAGAGUCCCAGCGCAGAGUGAGCCCGGCGCUGGGGAAAAAAGGUAAGGGAUUAACCCCUUCCUCCCCCUUCAGCGCCAUGGGAGUGGGACCCUGAGGGUGGGGGCACCCUCAGGGCACUAUAGUGCCAGGAAAACGAGUAUGUUUUCCUUGCACUAUAGUGGUCCUUUAAUGUGACCUUAAAUGAGAAAUUCAAUUAAUGACAUUGACAUGACUGUAGAACCCAGCAGGUUUUCAUUGACAGAGAAUCCAGUAUUCUGUUUCCAUGGUAACUUCCUGGUGUUUGCAGAUGUCUUUAUAAGUAAUGUCAAGGUGUUUGGCAUCUACAGCCUGCAUGAUAUAUUGUACUUUGUGAUUAUUUAUCGGUGUGAUAACACAAGCAGGUAAUUCUCUUAUUAUAUAAAGCUGUUUAAAGGGGCACUGCACUGUUCAAAUACAAAAUAACUGAUCAUUUCCUAGUAUAUAUAUUCCCCCCAAAAACUUGCAUGCAUUUAAUUGUGAUUUAUUUCAUUGGAGGUAUAUUUAAAAACAGCUAGCAAAAAUGCAGAUCUCUUGUCUGCUGUCUUUGCAAGCCCUUCCCUUCUAACUCCCCCCAGACUUACUGUGACUGUCCAAUCACAGACUUCUCAAUGCAGCUCAAUGAGAAGUCUUUGCGAGGCAGGUGCUCUGGACAAUUGCUGCCUCUUGGGUUUAGCUGCACUGAGCUAACCAAACCAGGAAUUAACAGGACCGGCUCUCUGAUUGACAGCCAGAGGGGUGUAACCAGGCUAAUUUAUAAAAGUGACAAUUGCCUUUGAAAUCUGCACUUUUUGUAAAAUGAAAACAUAGGACAAACUUCAUUCAUAAAGCUUUUUCGAUAAAGUGCUUUAGGGGUCCAGAGUGUCUCUUUACAGAUAAGUACUUUUGAAAGCCUUCUGUUAGGAAUGUUAGAGCAUAUCAUUAACGCCAGGAGUCACCAUGUAGAAAAACCACUUACCUUGCUUUGAUCGGCUUCUUAUUCUGGAUGAUGCAGUGAAAUGUCGUCAGACCGGCUGGUAUGAUUUGUAAGGAUGGGAAGAUUUAUAAAAGAUGUGAUAUUAAAUCUGGUGUAUGUAAGUAGGAUUGCCUUGCCUUGCCUGGACAGAACAAGCAUUCUGUUAGCGAUUUGGGGCCUGAAUAAUAUAAUGUCCCAAUUGUCAUUUUAGUGUGUGUGUGUGGGGGGGGGGUUUAGUAUGUGGGGUGGGUUAAUUUCCCUUU